AGAGCCUGAGAGACAGAGAAAAGAGAAAAGUCCUCUCUACCUGUGUGCAGACUGCAGAUAGUACGUCCUGUUGGAUUACAGUAGGCGAACAGGGAGACUUUUCUCACAAGUCGAGGUUAACCAUGAAGUUCAUCCUGUUGAAUGUGGUGACACUGCUCCUAGUGGUGGGAGCGGGGACUGCAGACAGGAUCCUAUCUAGGAGGACCAAAAGGGAGCUUGCCAGCCCACUCCACAUGGGUGGCAUCAGGGACCCAUAUGGCUCAUACUGCCAGAGAAGAGGAGGCUGCUGUCCCGGCAGAGACGACCUGUGCACGGUGCCCUACCUGGACACCAUCUGUUACUGUGACCUGUUCUGCAAUCGUACUGUCUCUGACUGCUGCCCUGAUUUCUGGGGUCACUGCCUGGGUGUACCGCCCCCCUUCAUUGGCACGUGUGAAAGAAAUGGACACAAGUUCUUCACCGGGCAGACGUACAAAGAAAACUGCAACUUAUGUACAUGUGGAACCACAGGACGCUGGGAGUGUGAGCAGUAUGCCUGCCUGAUGGAAAGUGACAUGAUUCAGGCAGUAAAUAGAGGAAACUACGGAUGGAGGGCUUCUAACUACAGUCAGUUAUACGGCAUGACGCUGGACGAGGGCAUCCGUUACCGUCUGGGCACACAGCGUCCCUCCAGGACCAUAAUGAACAUGAACGAGAUCCAGAUGAACAUGGAUCCUCAGAAUGACCAUCUGCCCCUCUACUUCAAUGCUGCAGAAAAAUGGCCAGGGAAGAUUCACGAACCGCUGGACCAGGGCAACUGUGCUGCCUCCUGGGCCUUCUCAACCGCUGCGGUGGCAUCGGACCGAAUCUCCAUCCAGUCCAUGGGUCACAUGACCCCACAGCUGUCCCCCCAGAACCUAAUUUCUUGUGACACCCGUAACCAGGGCGGUUGUGCCGGGGGACGCAUCGAUGGAGCCUGGUGGUAUCUGCGACGUAGGGGGGUGGUGACAGAGGAUUGUUACCCCUUCCUGUCUCCCCAGCAAACACCGGUGGAGGUGAGCCGCUGCAUGAUGCAGAGUCGCUCGGUUGGCCGGGGGAAGAGGCAGGCCACGCAGCGCUGUCCCAACACACACAACUACCACAACGACAUCUACCAGUCGACGCCACCCUACAGGCUCUCGUCUAACGAAAAGGAGAUCAUGAAGGAGAUUAUGGAUAAUGGCCCUGUGCAAGCUAUUAUGGAGGUCCAUGAGGACUUCUUUGUCUAUAAGAGUGGAAUCUACAAACACACAGAUGUCAGCUUUACCAAACCCCCGCAGUACCGCAAACAUGGCACUCACUCGGUCAGGAUCACUGGGUGGGGAGAGGAGCAAAACUUUGAUGGGUCAACAAAAAAAUAUUGGAUCGCUGCCAACUCUUGGGGAAAGAACUGGGGGGAGAACGGCUACUUCCGUAUCGCCCGUGGGGAGAACGAGUGUGAGAUUGAAGCCUUUGUGAUCGGGGUGUGGGGACGGGUAACUAUGGAGGACAUGCAUAACCACCAUCACCAUCACCAUCACCAUCAUCACCGACGCAAGUAGACACAGUGCCGAAGCUGAGGCCUGCCAAGGCUCUUGUUAUUACCCAACCUUAUUGCCCAUGCCCCAGAAGAGAACCACACCACCUGCCCCAGAGCUUCAUUGUAUCCCCUUGUCCACUGCCCUGGCUGGGACAGCUGCAAAUUCAACCACAAAACCUUUUCUUCCUCCACUUUUAAGCCUUACUUUACUCUGGGACACUCAAAACAACUACUCCAAAACCCCUUCUCUUCCCCCGCUUCACCUUUUUUUAGGAGAACAAUCAUUCCCACUUACCCCUUUAACCCAUGGUUAACGGCACCGAAUUAAAAACACAACAACUCAGCUUAGCUAUAGUUCCUUUACACUGCCUUGCCUGGUAUCAUGAUGCCACAUCAGGCACCUCAGGACUUUACUGUUCCAAAGACCACACUUCCCAGAAUCCUCAGCAAAUUGUCUGGUGAAAUAUGUUCAUGUCACAAGUUUAACGAUGACAGAAGGAAUUGCUCACACCUAUGUUAAACCAAAAAAAAUUUUUUUUAGUCUUCUUGCAUUGUUGGGCCUAAAGCUAGAGGGAAAGUUUGGAGCAGACGAAGUUGGGGAAGCGGUUUUAUCUGGACACCAAAUAGGGCCAAUAUCCCUUUCAGCUAGAGACAGCGAUUCCAGUUGCGCAAAAUAAACAGAUAAACAAAUAAAUUAAUAAAUAAAGAAGCUGUGCGUCACAGUCGCAGAUAACCCGAGCGACGUUCACCCUGUAGGCUGUAGAUAGUCGAGCGUAUCCGGCGGAUUCCCUCGCUCUCAGAGAGGCCACAUGUGUACCAGUAGUAGUAUCUACAGGCAGUUCAGUUACUUACACAUUCCAAUUAGAUAGACUCUUACACUGGACAAUGUAAGGGUCAGCCACAGCGUUUCAGUGGGACUGCGGUCGGAGACGACGCGAGUGUGAGAGCGUAUAGACGUUAAGAGUGAAUGUCGAUUCAUGGAGGUGAGGGUGACUUAUGGUGCCAUCAACCCCACCGCCAACGAUUUAGAAAAAAAAAAAGCAGAUUUUCAAAAAAAAUUUCCGAGUUUUUAAUCCAGUUCCAUCGCGAAGGUGACGUGUCCGACACGAGAGAGUUUCAGUAUUCUCAGUAUAAUUCCCCUAAUGGAGGUUUUUUGGGUUUUUUUCAGCGCACAUAGCAACCAUUACCUUGAUUUGCCGAUCAAAUACGUGUCAUCUUGUUUUUCACAUGAAGUAGCCUCGGAAUAAACAUUACUGUCGGUCAAAGAAAAUAACCUUCUUCUCAAUUAUGCAAGAUUAUGAUAAGUCGCCACAGACGAUGGUGUAAACCUUGAAGAUGACCGUGCUAUCUGACCCGGGUGGGUGCAGCCGCCUCUGGAGUCACCAGAUGCCUUACAAACAGGGCUGUGUAUGGCCCCUGCAAACAAGAUAGUGUUUGUGUAUAGCAGUCUUAAUUUGUUUCAUUCUGUCUACACUGUGUUACACAUAUGAACUGAAGAUGUUGUUGUUGUUGUUUUUUUUGUGGCGAGUUUAAAUUUUACUUUUUUUGUUUUAUUUUGUUACUUCCGUUGGAAAUAUGUGUAGUAUCUUUUCAUGCCACACUCAUCGUCAGCCCUGCUGACCAAUAGCUUUGCAGGUUGUUGUGCCAGUUAAGUUCUGUGAAAGGUGCUCAGAUGACGUCAUAGAUGUCCGCUUACCGCCAGCGGGGAGGAAGCUGCGUCAGCGCGCACAGUAAGAUCAGUUAUAACCAAAGUUAGCAGCAGAGGUGGAGCCGCUGCUCCACCCACACCGUGCUGACGGCUUUCAGGAUCGAACCAGUCAGGUUCUACGUGAUUCAACCGUCUGGCGAUGUUCUCUCUCUUUUUUCUUUUUUUUUUUUAACUUUACUAUGUUUUACUUCUGGCAGUCUAACAAAAAACAAAAAUGAUUCAACCUAUCAGCCACUUGCCUGUCUUUCGUAUCACAGGGAUUUCUGGAAGUCUCAAUUUCAAUUUAUGAGAGGCGGGUUGAUGGAUCCUCAGAUCUGUUUCCAGCGCAGCCUCGCUUGAAGAAGAAAUGUGUUGUCUAUUAGUGCCACUUACCUUUGUAGCGUGCUGCGGCGCUUCAGCUCCCACUUCAAAGAGCGGCGCCAUGCCUAGAUCCUCACCGGCCACCGUAGGUAAGGCCCGCGCGUUAUGCCCUGUCCUGGGCCAGGACAGGACAGGACAGGCGGGAGGGAGGGACGGACGGGUGCUCAUGAUAGAAGAACGGUUGUAAUGAGCGAGCUCUACCACGUACCGAACCUGGACUCUCAUUCCAGUGGAGGGUCAAACCCGAGGCGUGUCAGGGCGAGGUGCAUUGUGGGAUAGAUGUACGCACGAGGAAUGACAACGCAGAAAGGAGAAACGUGAGACUAGCGGUGACGGAGGGGUGGCCGUACGGCUGUUGUAGGUUAUGGCUCGAAGGCGGUUGGGCGACGCCGUAGCUAGCACGGGGGAGGAGCUCUUCAACCCUCGGCUGCAGGUUUUCCGUUGUGUGCAAGGUGAUAUUGCUUUUUCUAUGCAAGCAGCUUAAAGAAUAACCCCGUAGCGAGCUCUCCAAUCCUUUGCUUUCCCUUCGUCGCAGCGCCCGCUGCCGGUGCAGUUUCACUGUUUCAUUACAUGUCGGGUGGGUUUUCCGCCACCGGAUUUUUGGGGAUGCGUUCCGCAUUCGCCUACUCUGCAUUUUCACGUGACCACUAUAAGCUACCAGUCAGGUGAAUUACGAUCAAGCAGCCUAUAGAGUUUAAGCAACCAGGAUCAUGUGGAGUCUGAUUUAUGAUGGAUCUCUCGCAUUAGUCAAGUGUCGCCCCCCCCCCCCCAAUACGGUCAUGUGGUGAGCACUGUCCUACCGGGAAUAGAUAAGCCAGCUGGAGAUGGAGAGGGUCAACGCUGGGAGAACGGCGAGCGAGUGAGUGAAUGAGCUGAGUCCUGCCCGAGGAAGGAAUGAAAUUUAACCAAAGCUGGAAUCAUUUCAGUGUCUCUUCUUUUCUUGUUUUGUCGCAAAAUACCCACUUAAUAUAUCUAUUUUACAUGUCUGUGCAGACUCAUUAUGUCGUUCAGGUGCGUUGUUAGCUUCGGAUGAAGUGGCAGAGAUCACACACACACACACACAAGCAUAGUGUGUCACUGUAAGGUUCCUCGUGCUCUCUCGGCUCAUUCACGGCGAAUGAAGGGGGCAAGGAGUUUAGGAAAUAGGAUGGGUUGUUAUUUCUGUAAAGUCACGUGACGACCGCGGCGGCUUGUCUUCAUCCAUUUUCCGACAAGGGAACAAAGACAUCCUCGGCACAAAGAUGCUGAGAGGAGAACCCGGCACUGUUGUGUAGUAAAUAAUCCAAACCUGUAACCAGAAAAUGUUCCCAGAUUUUACAUUCAUGUUCUUUUAAAAUAAAUUAAAACAAACAAAAACACCACCAAAGCCGCUGCAGAGACCCUGGCAGCCGGAGGUUGUGUAUCUUAAGUCAACAAGAACCACUCCAUAUUCGCAGAUGUGUAGACUUUAUUUAUGACGAGAUGUGUAAAUUAUAUAAACUUUUAUUCUCUUUUGUUUCCCGUGCAAUGUUUUAUUAUCUCUCUGUCUCAUGUAUUGUGUGCACUAAAUACAAAAACCACAGUAGUGUUCACCUGUGUGGCACAAUAAAGUCUUUACAACAAAAAAGAA